CAAGGGUCGGUUGAUGGAGAACCCGGUUUAUACUAUCGAUGGUGUGCUUUGCUUAAGUUUCAAUUACCAUGAAGCUUGUCAACUAUUAGACAAUCCACAAUUCAGGUCAAAAAAAUUGAUGAAGAAAAAGCAUCUGAAAAGUAUGAACGACCUAUUCACCUGACACAAUCCAAGUCGUUUAUUCAUCGUGUCAAGAGUACCUUUGCAAAAACUAAAAGUAGUAGUAACACAAUAUUGUCAGCCAGUGAUAAUAAUGGUUUAGACAAACUGUCGACAGAUUACCAUAUUCCAAUGAACGAAGAGGCAGCUGUAUUGCAGCCGUCAAAUAUAAAUGCAACGUCGACGGAAGACAGUAUCAAAAAUAAUAGUAGUGGUGGAAGCAGAUCCCCAUCUGUAUAUUCUGUCUCAACCUCUGCGUCAGAUAAUGAAGAAAGAGGCGAAAGCGACAGCUAUGAGGAUGACGAAGAUGAAAUACUCGAAAAACGCUUAGUUAAACAAAUAGUCGAAAUGCUUAACCUUACGAAUAGUUUCCAGAGAGUCAGUAAAAGAAAGAAAGCUGAACCUACUUUAUAUGCGAAUGAAAAUAUACCACUUUGGAAAAAAGUAGAUAAGCGGUUCUGGUGGAAUGAGUUUAUGUUGCAAGACUUUAUCAAACAGGAACUUGAUGAAUGGAUUAUACCGAUCAUGCAAGGAACAAUCCACAUUGAAUCAUGCCAAAUCGAAGGAUAUGGGUUCGACUUUGCAUUAAUAUCCAGAAGAAGUCGAGAAAGGGCAGGUAUGCGAUAUCAAAGAAGAGGCGUAAAUGAAGAAGGUCAAACUGCCAAUUAUGUGGAAACUGAGCAGACAGUGAUAUUUCAGAAAGAUAAUGUUACUCAUGUUGCAUCCUUUAUCCAAAUAAGAGGUUCAAUUCCGUUAUUUUGGAGUCAGUCGCCUUAUAGUUUACACCCAAUACCCGUGAUGGAACGGACAGAGAAUGAAACUAAAGAGGCCUUUCAUAAGCAUAUCAAUACGCAAAUUUGUUUGUACGGUAAUCUGACUCUAAUUAAUCUGACUGAGUUGGUGGGAAGAGAGGCAAUUGUGGGUGCACAGUAUAGACGAUAUGUAGAGGACUUAGCAGAGCCUAAUGUGAAGUACGUUGAAUUCGAUUUUCAUAAAGAAACGAAAGGGAUGAAGUUUGAGAAUAUAAGCAAGUUAAGUAAAAGCUUGCAAGACGACUUUGCAAAAAUGCAAUACUUUUGGGAAAUGUUUAGCGAUGAUGGCAUAGAGAAUACUGUAUAUAGUGAGCAAACAGGGGUCUUUAGAACAAAUUGUAUGGAUUGUUUGGAUCGUACCAAUGUUGUGCAGAGUGCCUUCGGUAGAACUGUUCUAAACCUUCAAUUGAUGCGAUUUGGUAUUUCAGAAUAUCCGGAGCAAGGAAUUAGAUACUAUAAUGAUUUUGAGAGGGCCUUUAACAAUGCUUGGGCGAAUAAUGGUGAUAUGAUAUCAAAGAUGUAUGCCGGUACUAGUGCUCUCAAAAGCGACUUUACAAGGACCGGCAAAAGAAAUAUAACUGGUAUGAUGAACGAUGCAUCUAAUUCGCUAGCGCGAAUGUAUUACAACACUGUCAAGGAUUUUUGGAGACAGGCAACAGUAGAUUAUAUACUCGGAUAUCAUAAAGCAGAAAUAUUCCGACACGUACUUCAAAGUACAAAGAUGUCAGCGGAACCUGGAUUUCAGAAAAGAUGGCUCAAGAUCCGUUCCGAAGCUAUCAAUAUUAGUAGUGAUAUCGUUAUUGCUGACGACGAAACACGCAUUAAAGGUUGGACCUUACGCUCCCCAGCUGUUGUCAAUAAUAUUAUUGCUAAACUUGGCCCUAAAAGAAAAACCGCCCACCACUAUCGAGAACAACAACUUGCCAAAAAGCAUUUUGAAGAAAAAAUUGUUCUACUAACGGAGAAGGCUUUAUAUGUCUGUAGUUACAAUUACAAAAUGGAGAAAGUCAUUCAAUUCCGAAGAAUCAGCCUUGACACACUUGUCAGUAUUCAAAUUGGUGAAUACAUUUUGUCUUCUUUGACACCUGCUUCUCGAUCCGAGGAUUUUAAUUACGGGUUUGUCGUGUGUCAUAAGCGUCAUGGUGGGUCAGAACGGUGGAACACAGGUAGUAUGCUCAAUCAACAUUUGAGUCUUGCAAAUACUGUAAAAACUUCUAAAGAUCAACGAGGAGAAGAGGAGCCAGUACCUAAAGUAGAGAAUGAAGACAUGUUGAAGACAGAGUUAAGGAAAGAUAAAAGCGAAGCAGACAUCGUUGUGGGACCAAAAGAAGAUAUAGAAGAAGAAAAACUUGGCGCUGAUAAUGCUUGUAUUGGAACUGAAAACAUAGAAACGAUCGCAUUCAAGGCUAUUAGAAAUGAUAUACUAGGAGAGUCAGAGAAUCAAACAGAGACUUGUAAGCAGCAAGUUCUUGACAUCGUUCAUACUAUUACUAAGGCUUGUAAGAAAUUGAAUGACCCCAAUUUUAUUAUUGAGAAGCCUAUCAUAAGUCUCAAGCAAGCAGAAAAAACUGAUGGAGUCUUAAAAAAGAUGGGAUAUAAACUUAAGCGAGCCAUCUGGUUAUAGCUCUUAUUUAUUCAUUAUAACGAUAAUCUCAUGUUCCUAAU